GCCGCCAUCGGCGGUUAUGUCGGGCGCUCCUAACCUAAAAGCCGCGAUCGUUCCGCGGGUGCAUUUUCAGGGCGAGGACGUGCCGGGCGAAUGCAAGCUACGCGGCAGCCGGCGUCCCUCGACGCGUCGGCCUCUCGUCUCUGUGAGUCGACGAUCGUCGGACGCUAAACCCAUCUUCCGAGAUCGAGAGUCGUCUAGCUGCGGCGUCCGGGGAAAUGGGGAUGCGUGACGGUUUCGAAUUGAUCGCACAGGGCGCGGAAGCCAGGCUGUAUAAAGGAAGUUAUUUGGGGAGGCAGGCACUCCUGAAGGAGAGAUUCGUCAAGAAGUACAGACACCCUGAUCUCGACAAGACUUUGACCAAAGAACGAAUCAAAGCCGAGGCACGCGCCAUAGUUCGCGCAAAGGCAGCAGGAGUGGUGACGCCAGCGAUAUUCCUGGUUGACUUCGAGAGGCGAUGUAUAUUUAUGGAGUACAUCGAAAACUCAGUGACACUCAAGAAUUACAUUGAGAAUUAUGUCACCGGGAAGGACAAUGUCAAUCACGUGACCAAAUCUAUUGGCCGGACCUUGGGAACCCUAAUAGCGAGGCUACAUUCCAAGAAUAUCAUCCAUGGAGAUCUUACCACUUCGAAUAUUUUAAUCAGAAAUCCGAGACACGAAGUCUCCUCUUCUGGAGAUCAAGAAACUUUGGGAGAGUUCGUCAUGGUGGAUUUUGGUUUGGCACGAGUCGAGUCGACCAUCGAAGACAAGGCCGUGGACUUGUAUGUUUUGGAACGGUCCUUGGUGAGUGCUCACUCCGAAAUACCUGAGUUAUUUCCUCUGAUUUUGAUGAACUACCAGAAAUUCUGCACAGAGAAGAGUAAGGCGGAAGUGAUCGCUAAGUACAAGGAAGUACAGGCACGUGGUCGUAAGCGAUUAAUGAUUGGCUGAUAGCUGGUUAAAAUUAUUUUUUUAAUCGAGACAGAGAAAUAUCUGCUAAGUACAAUUCGUGAAACACUAUUUGGAGCUGUUUGGAAAAUAUUUUUGAAACUAGAGAGUGGAGAUUUCUUAAAUAAAAUAAAAUAUUGCAAUAGA